GGAGAAGGAGGAGGGCGGGGGUUGAGUCUCUCACGGCCGCUCCUCGGUCUCCAGCCCGGCUCUGCACCGCUGGCAUUUGCCGGGGAGGGUUGGUGUUGGUGUUGGUGUUGGUGUUGGUUUCUCGCCGCUCGCCCAGUGUAAACGCCGAUCCACAAAGCGGCAGCAACAGCCCCACCGGCUACGGGAGGACACAGUCACACAGUAGCGGCCGAGAUGUCGAAGGAGGACGUGGUGUGCGAGGAGAUCGUGGAGUCGAAAGUGAUGUGGUACCCCGACUCCAAGAGGAACACACGCAUGGACCAGUUCAGGAAGCUGACCAGUGACAAGUUUGGCCUGCCCCUCGCUAAUUAUAAUGAACUAUAUCAGUGGUCGGUGGACAAUUACCCCGAGUUUUGGGCAGAAUUUUGGAAAUUUAGUGGAUUGGUUUAUUCCCACCAUUACAGCGAGGUAAUAGACAGGACAAAAGAAAUUGCAGAUGCUCCUGAAUGGUUCAAAGGGAGUAGAUUAAACUAUGCAGAGAAUCUACUGAAGCAUAAAGAUGACGACAAAGUGGCCCUUUAUGCAGCAUCGGAGGGCAAGGAGGAGAUCGAGAAGGUGACGUUUGGAGAACUAAAGAGAGAUGUAGCUUUGUACGCUGCAGCACUCCGAAAGAUGGGGCUGAAGAUAGGUGAUAGAGUUGUUGGUUAUCUUCCAAACUGUAUUCAAGCAGUCGAAGCCAUGUUAGCGACCGCGAGCAUCGGUGCCAUUUGGAGUUCAACUGCGCCGGACUUUGGUGUAAAUGGCGUAUUAGACAGGAUUUCUCAAAUCCAACCAAAGUUACUAAUUUCAGUAGAAGCGGUUAUUUACAAUGGCAAAGAACAUGAUCACAUGGAGAAGCUGCAGAAUGUAGUCAAAGGUUUGCCCGACUUGGAGAAGGUGGUAAUAAUGCCGUAUGUCAAAGCACAAGAGGCCGUGGACUUGUCCAGGAUACCAAACAGCAUGUUUCUGGAUCAGUUCCUUGCCACAGGGAAGGAGGGAGACCACGGGCCACAGCUUGAGUUUGAGCAGCUGCCGUUUAAUCAUCCGCUUUUCAUUAUGUACUCCUCUGGCACAACUGGGGCCCCAAAAUGCAUGGUGCAUUCAGCUGGGGGCACACUCAUCCAGCACCUGAAGGAGCACAUUCUCCAUGGCAACAUGAGCAGCAGUGAUGUCAUUAUCUACUACUCUUCAACCGGCUGGAUGAUGUGGAACUGGCUCGUCUCAGCUCUUGCCACAGGAGCCUCGGUUGUCUUGUACGAUGGGUCUCCUCUGAUCCCCUCCCCAAAUGUGCUGUGGGACUUGGUGGACAAACUGGGAAUUACCAUACUUGGGACUGGCGCAAAAUGGCUGGCUGUUCUGGAAGAAAAGAAUCUGAAACCAGGUGAGACUCACAGUCUGCAGACACUACACACGAUACUGUCUACUGGAUCUCCACUCAAACCACGGACGUAUGAUUAUGUAUACAAGCACAUCAAAAACAACAUCCUGUUGGGCUCAAUGACAGGUGGCACAGACAUCAUUUCAUGUUUCAUGGGCCAGAACUUCACCAUUCCUGUCUACAGAGGAGAGAUACAAGCAAGGAACCUGGGAAUGGCUGUGGAAAUCUGGAAUGAAGAAAGACAAGUUCUGUGGGGUGAAAGUGGAGAGCUGGUGUGCACCAAACCACUUCCUUGUCAACCAACAUGCUUCUGGAACGAUGAGAGUGGCAGCAAAUAUCACAAGGCGUACUUUGCUAAAUUUGCAGGUGUGUGGGCACAUGGUGACUACGCGAAAAUAAACCCCAAAACUGGAGGGAUCGUGAUGCUGGGCAGAAGUGAUGGCACCUUGAAUCCAAAUGGAGUGAGAUUUGGAAGCUCUGAAAUCUAUCACAUCGUUGAAGCUUUUGAGGAGGUUGCGGACAGUCUAUGUGUUCCACAGUACAACAAGGACGGUGAGGAAAGAGUCAUCCUGUUCUUGAAAAUGGCCUCCAAUCAGGUUUUCACAGUAGACCUGGUGAUGAGGGUGAGAAGUGCCAUCCGAAAGGCUUUGUCUGCGAGACAUAUUCCUGCCUUAAUACUGGAGACUAAAGACAUUCCUUACACCAUCAGUGGGAAGAAGGUGGAAGUGGCAGUGAAGCAAGUUAUCGCUGGCAAGGACGUGAAACAUCACAGCGCCUUCUCCAACCCAAAGUCUCUUGAGCUCUACAAGAACGUCCCAGAACUCCAGAAUUUCUGAAAGUCUUAUUUAUAUAUGUGCAAAGUAAAUUUUAUUUAAUAGAGUAAUUGUCUCACUUGGAAGAGACUUGGUGCAGUUCACUGUUUUGUUGUUCACCUCUGCUUCUGCAAAAUCGAAUGUGCUUAUGGACCUACACCAAUAGUUGUACAAGUGAAUUGGAGGCAUCUUUAAGAUUGGCUCGAUUGGGUGCAAUGGUGGUUUUACAUUCCAUUGAAGUUAAUAGAAUAUAAGCAAAAAACGGUUGAGGAACUCAGUGAGUCAUAGCAUUUGAUGCUGCCUGACCCGUUGAAUUCCUGUAGCAAUUUACUUUUUUUGUUCUGGACGCCAGUCCCCUGUGUCUCCAUUCAUGGAAUAUAUCUUUGGCAAAGAUACAAAAAUACUGUCUCAACUAAUUCUGAAGUGUCCCUGUCCUCGAGUUCAGUUCAAUGCUUUCCCCAGUCAAACAAAAUACGGUUUUUGGUACUGUCUGAUUGAAAUGUGAACAUUUUUUUUAUAGAUAGGAAAUAAAAUAAUAGCUUAUUAAAUCAAGAUAGUCUCAUUUUUACUUUGAUGUUGAAAUUAAUUUGAUUUAAUGGAAUAAAAAGUCUGGGGCAAAUAUAGUAAACGGAAUGUUGUAAAUACUUGGGUCAGGCAGCAUCUGUGGGGAAAUGACUGACAUAUUUAGCCAACACCAGUCGAGCAAAGUUUAUCUGACCCAUAAAGAUCCUGCAACACCAAUUUACAUCCCUGAACCCAUCUUUUCCGUCUUUACUUGUUCAAUUCCAACUUCUUCUGCUUCUUUUCUGUCUUCCAUCCUAAUACAAACCUUUCGUAAUUAUUUUUUCUUUCUUUCCCUGUCUCUCUGCACCAUUUGAAAAAUCUCUCGCUUCUCUAGAAUAGUUUUAACAAACUGAAACAAUGGCUUAGUUCCUUCUUCCACAGAUGUUUAACCGCCAAAUCUUCCUGUUUUUAUCUCGGCGUUCUAAGAACUGCAAUAUUUUACUUUUGUGUUGUCUGGCGCCAUUGUCACUUCUUCCUUAGCUGUCUCAGUUCUGCAUGACAACAUAAUAAUGAGAUAAUUGAUCCUCUAAUGCACAACAAACCUGCACUACACAACUGUGUUUUAAACUCUUUUAUUGCAUUUGAUAUCCUUUAUUUGAAAAUUCAGUUUAUGUCAGAAAAACUGAGAUUGCACAAGUCUCAAGUUGUCACAGAUUUUGACCAGUGGGGUAGAAUUUAUGGUAUCAAUUAAAUAAAUUAAACGGUGGUUUUAAUGGAAAAAUAAUGUUGAGUGCCACAGCAGGUUCUUUGUCAUUGCCUUUUUCCCUCAGUUGUAAAAGCACAGAAAAUGUUUAAAACAUUAUGUAUGUGUCUGACUCAAAGGAACGGUUAAUAAAGCAAAACAGAUUGUGGUUGUUUGCUCAAUAUGCGGGUUACUAAAUUCUGUAGUGAUCUUGUUACAGAGUUACACAGCAUGGAAACAGGCCAUUCGAGCCAACUUGUCCAUGUAAGUCAAGAUGCUUAUCUGAGCUAGUCCCACAUGGCCCAUAUCGCUGUAAAAUCUUUACUAUUCUUGUAACUGAUUAUAUGUCUGUUGAAUAUUGUAACUGCAUCUGCCUCUACAGCCUCCUCUGGCCACUUGCUUCAUACCCAAACCACCUCCAUAUGGCAACGAUUCCCCUUCGGUCUCUUUUAUGAUAUUUCAUCUCUUAAACUUAAAGCUAUGCCCUCCUGUACCAUGGGGGAAAUACUAUAACAAUCCACCUACAUCCCUCAUAAUGUUAUAUUCCUCUAUGCAGUCACCCCUCAACCUCCCGAGCUCCAGAUUCACGGCCUAUCCAAUCUCUCCUUAUAACCCAAGCCCCCCCAGUCCCAGUCACCAGGAAUCUUUCCUGCACUUUUCCAGCUUAACGGCAUCUUUCCUAUAGCUGGGCAACCAGGAAGAAAAUACAGAAAGUGUGGCCUCAUCAAUGUCUUGUACAACUGUAACAUUACAUGUGUAGGAAGGCACUGCAGAUGCUGGUUAAUACUGAAGUGUAAUUCCUGUACUCUAUGCUCUGACCGAUGAAGGCAAGUGUGCCAAAUGCCUUCUUCACCCUGCCCGCCCAUGUCACCACUUUCAAGGAACUAUGUAUCUGUCCCCCUCUUUGUUCUACAACACCCUCCUGGGCCUGACCAUUUACUGUACAAGUCCUGUUCUUACCAAGACAUCACACCUCGCGCUGGUCCGAGUGAAAUUCCAUCUGCCAUCCCUUGGCCCACGUCCCCAGCCUAUUUAGACCCCUUUGUAAUCGUAGACAACCUUUUCACGGUCCACUAUAACGCCAAGUUUUGUGCUGUCUGCAUUCAAACCAUUCAUAUAGAUGACACACAACAGUGGACCCAACACCGAUACUUGCAACAAAUGCUGGCUACAGGCCUCCAAUCUGGAAAACAACCCUUCACUGCCACCCUCUGACUCUUACCCAACCACCAUCUGAACACUGUAUAUAAUGAGCUUGGCUUUCAAUCUGCUGCAGGUCGUGAAGCAUGUACGUUCUUUGGGAUCCUGCAUGACCUAUCUAAUAUCAAUGAGACCAUCCGUUUCCUGGGCUGACACUUCAUUGAUCAGUUAAAGAUAAGGCAUUGUCUUUUAACUGCACAUGUUUCCGAUAUAAAUCCCUUUAAAUUGUAAGUUGUUUGAAAAUAAAAUUUCUUGCUGUAAA